UUACACUCGAACUUUACGAAGUCACGCCGUGUUUGUUGUCAUGUCUCGAAACAACUUUACAUAAAGAUUGUCACUUGUUAUGCAAACAUUUCAUUCAAAACAUUCAAAGUUAUACUUGAAAUCAGAACAUAGUUCAUAUAAACUCUUAUUUUCGAUCAAAAGAUUAAGGAAUUUUGUAACGCAAAGACCUUUUACACUCGAACUUUUCGAAGUCACGCCGUGUUUGUUGUCAUGUCUCGAAACAACUUUACAACAGGUACUUCUGGAACUUGUUGGGGACAAGCCUUGUCCGGGACUACCGGAUCCAGACCACCUGGCAAGAGCUGCCAAUAGAGCGAGACAAGGCCUGAGACCAGCAGAGCCGAAAACCCUGGACUUUUCCAUUGACGAGCAGCAUAUCCCGGAUGAAUUCCUCCAGGCAGAUGUGAGAGUUCGAAACCGACGCCACAUAGUAUUUGCGUCGAGUAAGCAACUAAAACAACUAUCACAGUCCAAGUCAUGGUACAUCGAUGGAACAUUUAAGCUUUGCAGAAAGCCCUUCCAGCAACUCCUCAGUGUCAAUGCAUUCCUCAGAUCCGGCGAUAACACAAAGCAGGUGCCGCUAGUAUUUGUCCUGAUGUCAGGAAGAAAGAAAAUCGACUACAAAAAGGUCUUCGAAAAACUACUGGAAAUUUUGCCAUACGAGGAACGAGUGACGGAAGKUACAGUCGACUUCGAGCCAGCUCUAUGGUCAGCUCUACCGGAAGUUCUCCCGGACGUUAACUUGAUUGGUUGCAGUUUCCACUGGACGCAGGCGGUUUGGAGAAAGAUACAAGAAUUUGGACUCCAAACUGCAUACAAACAGGACCGGGGCACCCRUGAAUACAUAAGGCAGAUAUUGGCAAUGACCUACCUCCCCGCAGAGAAAAUUCCCACUGUUUGGCAACGCCUGAAAGCAAAAGCCUCAACUGCAGCACUUCGCAGAUUAGUUAACUAUGUACAAGAAACGUGGAUGGACGAAGACGGAAUGUGGUCCCCAWUCAGUUGGAGCGUAUAUAACAGAGUCAUUCGAACCAACAACGAUGUAGAAGGAUGGCAUCACGCCCUCAACAACAGAGUCGCUGGGAAAGCAAACCUGCCGUUUUAUCUACUGGUGCACCUUCUAUACAAAGAAGCAUUACUUGUAAAGAUGGACAUGAGGUUCGUGUCGGAAAGGAAAGUAAAAAGGCAGCAGAAGAACAAGACAAAGAGAAGGCAGGGGAAAAUAAUGAGGCAGUGGGCGGUAUAUAAAAGACAAGAGCAGAAUGCAAGGGAACUUUUGAGGGCGUGUGCUA